AUGAAAAAACACGCUCACCCGAAAGUUCCAACUCCUUGGGAGGUAACUCCGAGGAGCAAGAAAGAUAAAGGAAAAUCUCAUGAGUUACGAAAUUUGCUAGUGAUUAUCAGUUUAUCAGUGCUACCGUACUUUUCGUGCUUAUAUGGAGAUUUUGUGUUUGAUGAUGCUGAAUCUAUUGUGAACAAUUCUAUCGUCAACGGAAAGGAUUCACUGAUACAGAUUUUUUCGCGUGACUUCUGGGGUCAUCCUAUCGCUUCAACUCACAGCCACAAAAGCUACCGUCCAGUGACAACCUUCACUUUCUGGCUGAACUAUCAAAUUCAUGGAACAUCUACGUUUGGGUACCAUGCUUUCAAUAUCAUUUGUCAUGGAAUCGCUACAGUCUUGUUCUACAAACUGGCUAGAGAACUGGAGAAGAAAUUCAACAACUUUGAAAUAUCUUUUCCGGCAGCAGUACUAUUUGCAGUUCACCCUGUUCAUACAGAAGCGGUAGCCAACAUGACUGGAAGAGCUGAACUCUUAAUGACAACAUUUUCUAUGUUUGCUUUGAUAUCAUACCUCAGACACUCUGAAAUGAACUGGAAGUUUAUUGGUUUUGUAGUUUUAUCUACAUUUUCCAAAGAGCAAGGGAUCAUGACAAUUCCCAUUGCUAUUUGCAUAGACUUGAUAAUUUGUUCCUGGUCGAAAUCGAAAAUUCUCCAUUCCACUUUUUUGUUUGCUGCAUUAGGAUUACUCCGGUUUUCGAUAAAUGGGUUUCAAUCUGCAAAAUUUACUAAACUGGACAAUCCGGCAGCAUUUUUGGACUCUCGAUUUUAUAGAGUUGUUAACUAUUCUUACAUUUGGCUCUACCACAUCUACCUUCUCGUGGUGCCCACUAAUCUUUGUUUCGACUAUUCGAUGGGAUGCAUCUCCCCAAUCUCCUCAUUAUACGACCUGCGCGUAUUAUCACCUGUCCUCAUUUCUAUCCUAGCAAUUAACGGAGUCAAAUUUAGAAACGAAUGCAGGGUAUUCACGUUUGGUGGAUUGAUGGGGGCAUUGUCUUUCCUACCUUCAUCUAAUAUUUUCUUCACGGUUGGAUUCUCGGUAGCUGAGCGUAUACUGUAUCUGCCAUCAUCCGGAUUCUGUCUAAUGUGUUCAGUGGUUUUGAAAAAGUUGAGCAGUCACUGCAAGAAUGCAGAGUUGAUAGCACUAACAAUUCUACUCCUCUCUAUUUCCAAAACUCAUAAAAGAAGUGGUGAAUGGAACAGCGAACUCUCUUUAUACAGCUCUGGGCUCCAAGUAUGCCCAAUGAAUGCGAAAAUUCAUUACAAUAUGGGAAAAGUUCUGGGUGAUAAUGGAUUAACUAAGGAUGCUGUGAAAAACUACUGGAAUGCUAUAAAAUUGGACCCAUCAUAUGAGCAAGCUCUCAACAAUCUUGGAAACUUAUUAGAAAAAUCUGGAGACAGUAAAACCGCAGAAAGUCUUCUUGUUCGAGCAGUAACUCUUCGUCCAAAUUUUGCCGUUGCCUGGAUGAAUCUUGGAAUUUCUCAGAUGAACUUGAAAAAGUAUCAAGAUGCUGAAAAGUCCCUGAAAAACUCUCUGACUCUACGACCUCGAUCGGCACACUGCCUAUUCAAUCUUGGGGUUCUUUAUCAGAGAACAAAUAGAGAGCUUCUUGCGAUGUCAGCGUGGAGAAAUGCUACAAAAGUUGACCCAUCCCAUACACAAUCGUGGACCAACCUAUUCGUUGUAUUGGAUCACUUGAAUCAGUGCUCAGAAGUCCUUGAGCUAUCCUCUGAAGCUCUAUCCAGUGUUCCAAAUGAAUCAAGAGUCCACAUGCAAAUAGGAUCUUGUUUCGCAAAACAAAACGAUUUUGAAAAGGCUGAGGAACAUAUUCUGACUGCCAUCGAUUUACAUCCCACUUCGGCUUUGUACCAUGCAAAUCUAGGAGUUCUUUUCCAACGUAUGGAACGGUUGGCAGAGGCGGAAACAGAAUAUCGAGUCGCAUUGAUGAUUGAUUCCGAAAAUAUAAUUGCCAAGAAGAAUCUGCGAAAAUUGGAGAAUCAUAGUUUUCAGAAUUCUACGCGACCAUGA